CCAAGUGGGACCCCAAGGAGAAGGUGGUCUACCCCUGGGGCGGGGACAACAUCAAGGAGAUUGAUGCCGAGCUGAAAGCACGGGAAGCGAAGAAGUAGAUUCGUUGUUUCUGUGAAUUUUUGUCCAGCGAUUCAAAAAACAAAAGUACCAUUGGCGCAAAUGAAAAAGACGUUUUGCUCGCCUUGGGGGGUUGCCGUGUUUUUGCAGUCUAUGAAAAGGUUUGAUCAGAUGUGAUGUUUGAUAUGUUUGUGAGUUAAGAUAUACAGAAGGACGGUGUGAAGAUAUUGCAGCUUUGAUCAGGGCCUAGUUUUAAUCAUUUUUGUUACAUGUUGCAUACGUAUUUUGAUCGACUCCCACCACUGCGGCUAUUCCUGUGGCAUGUGAUGUGGCUUACAGGGCUGUUUUUAGAAGGAGGUAUUUUUGAAAGGCCGUGUGCUAGUGUUCAGCCCGCUCUGUGAAGCCAUGCAGGGUCGCACUGUCAUGCUGUUGGCUGCAGCCUUGCUGGGAGCCUUUGUUUGGCAAAGUGCCUUCGUCCAGACCUCUGGCACCGGCGCCAAGGUCAGCAACCAUGCCCAGGUCAGUGCUCAGGGCCGCCUGCCGGAGAUGAUGGAAUCUCAGGAUGAGGGCGUGAACUCCUUUGUGUCACUCGGCUGCGGAGUCUUGGCCGGUCUCGUCGUGGCUGUGGCCGGUGCAUCCCCAGCCUUGGCUCAGAGAAACCAGUUCGGCUUCACCACUGGCAUGGAUGAGGAAGUGAAGAAACUUGAUGUGGGUGCCAAGUCAUCUGGCCUUUUGUCCCAGCUGGGCAGUACUUCCGGCGACCCCAAGUGGGACCCCAAGGAGAAGGUGGUCUACCCCUGGGGCGGGGACAACAUCAAGGAGAUUGAUGCCGAGCUGAAAGCACGGGAAGCGAAGAAGUAGAUUCGUUGUUUCUGUGAAUUUUUGUCCAGCGAUUCAAAAAACAAAAGUACCAUUGGCGCAAAUG